CAGGGCAUGUCCAGGCGGAUAGAUUAGGGACGGGCGCGGCAGAGGCGGGUCGCUUCGCUCACAGUGCGCAGUUUGGUUAUGAUAGAGGGGAGCAGCUGGUUUAGUGGGUCUCAGUGGUGAGACAGCGGGCGGGGAAUGGCUCCGCUGCGGGGUCCUAAGGCGGGGAUGGAGGAGCCGGAGCCGGCGGGCUCCUCCCCGCGGCGCUUCACCUGGGAGGAGAUCGGGCUCCGCGCGGGCCGGGGGCACCCGCAGCAGGAGCGGUGGCUGGUGAUCGACAGGAAGGUCUAUGACAUCAGCCAGUUCUACCGGCGGCACCCGGGGGGCGCCCGAGUCAUCAGCAGCUACGCGGGGCAGGACGCCACGGAUCCCUUUGAGGCAUUUCACAUUGAUAAGGGGCUGGUGAGAAAGUACAUGAGCUCACUGCAGAUCGGGGAGCUGGCCCUGGAUCAACCAAGCUUUGAGCCCACCAAAAAUAAAUUGCUUGUAGAGGAUUUCCGGGAGCUGCACACCACUGUUGAAAGGAUGGGACUCCUCAACCCCAACCACCUCUUCUUCUUCCUGCUUCUCCUGCACAUUCUGAUGCUGGAUGUUGCUGGAUGGUUUGUUCUUUGGUAUUUUGGGACAUCUUUAGUGCCUUUCCUCAUCUCUACAGUGUUGCUGACCAUUUCUCAGUCUCAGGCUGGUUUUCUGCAGCACGAUUUGGGGCACCUUUCAGUUUUCAGCAGUACCAAAUGGAACCACUUGGUUCAUGAGUUUGUGAUGAGCCAUCUGAAGGGGCUUUCAGCACAGUGGUGGUCUCUCCAUCAUUCCCAGCACCAUGCCAAGCCCAACUGCUUCCAAAAGGACCCUGAUAUUGCAAUGCAUCCCUCCUUGUUUGCUUUGGGAAAGAUUCUCUCUGUGGAGCUCGGCAUGAAGAAGAAGAAGUUUCUGCCUUACAAUCAUCAGCACAAUUAUUUCAUCAUCACUAUGCCCCUGCUUGUGGUUCCAGUGUUCCAGUUUUACUCCUUGUACUUCAUAUUCCAGCGCAAACUAUGGAGGGAACUAGCUUGGACUCUGACCUACUUCAUCCGAUUCUUUCUUUUCUUCGAGCCCUUACUGGGAGUGACAGGUGUCCUGGGUUUCCUCCUGCUGCUCAACGUCCUAGAGAGUAUCUUGUUUACCUGGAUAUCACAACUGAACCACAUCCCUAUGCACAUUGAUUAUGAUAACAAUAUGGACUGGUUCUCUACACAGCUCCUGGCGACAUGCAACGUGGAUCAGUCCCUGUUCAACGACUGGUUAACUGGGCACCUGAACUUCCAAAUCGAGCAUCAUCUUUUCCCUAGGAUGCCACGACACAACUACUGGAAGGUGGCCCCCCUGGUGAAGUCACUAUGUGCCAAACAUGACAUCGAGUACCAGAGCAAGCCUCUGCUCACUGGCUUUGCAGACAUUUUGCGCUCUCUGAAGGAUUCGGGGGAACUCUGGCUUGAUGCCUAUCUGCAUGGAUAAGCAGCAGCAACUCCCAUGGGAUUGAUUGCCAUGAAGAUGUAGUACACAGCAGAGGAGAGCAAGCAGAUUCAGGGAGAUGAGUGGGCCUAGCUGCUGCAGUGGGAGGGCUGGUGGACUUAGUUCCAGUGUGAGUGUGGGGUUUUAUAGUACACUUUUUCUCCUAUUCUACCUCUAUAAGGUGUGGUAUGGGUAUAUGGGGACCACUAGGGGUUAACCUUACAACGGGAAAGGUGGCUUUAGCAAUGGGAACCGCAGCCCUUCUCUGCUGACAUUUUCCUUGCGGUGAAUGUGGCAGUGAAUCCUAUCCAGCUUCUUCCUAGUGUGACAGAGUCAAAGUGAAAAUGGGGACAGUGUAAAACUUUCUGGGGUGAGGGAGAAUGUGGAGAAAUAAGGAGAAAAACCAGUGCUGAGAAAAAGAAGGAAGAGCCUUCAAGGACUACAGUAUACAUUUAAAAUCUAUAAACUAAGUAUGUAACCACAAAGUGGAUGCGAGACCGAAGAGUGUGGACAUGAGAUUAGAGGGGCCAAAACUCAGGGUGGGGAUGGAUGCAAGACCAUAGAGGUGAAAACACCAAGCAGGAUUAGCCAUGAAACCAGAGGCAGUAUACAAGAGCAUAGACAUGAGACUAGAGCUGAUAUGGCAUGUUCAGUGGACCACAUAUAUGUGUGUGUGUGUAAAACAAGUAGAGAACUUCGAUCUCAGGUUAGUUGUCCAUUUGCAAUUUCCAGUGAAAAGAGUAUAAGCAGUUUCUCCCCUGCCUGAGGCAAAUUCAGUUGAAUAAAAGGGUUAAUUGAGCAAAUACUGAUAUUACUUGUGUGAUAAGGAUAUACAUUAGUCCAGGGGAAUCCCCAGUCCAUUAGUUAGGCUGUUAAGCUAAACCUCUAGAGGUAUUUUAGGAGAAAGAGUCUUGCAAGACUCAGAGGAAGAUAUAUGGUAGAGUGAUUUCAUUUUUGUUGUAUCAUAAGGUGUAAAAGAUGUCACAGACACAUCAAUACUGUGGCUUUUAGUGCUUACCUAUAUGGUGCUACCUGAAGCUUUAAGGGACUCCCAAAGUUGCAGCUGAGUGGUGCUGUCUCCCUGGCUUCUCUUAGAAAGUAAAAAAAAGGGUUGCUAAUUUGAACAUGGGUGUUUGGCCAAUGAAUAGAGCUGAAUCAUUUCUGUCUGUAAUGGACUGUAUAACAGAUCCAAGUUCCCCCAGACUUAACAGCUGUCAGCAGAAAUGGAACUUGCAUCAUUCUACUCCACAAUCACAAGCCCCUAGCAUUUAGAGAAUCUUUAUUAAAUGUAGCAGUAUUAAGGCUUAUGAUACAUACCUGACUUUCCAUCAAGUUGAGCCAAUGAUGCACAUAUGCUGCCUACAGUGUAUUACACCUAGUUGUUUCUUGUGUUACGUGCUUCUGAAGGGGUCCUCAUAAAUACAGUUCUUCGAGUGCUGUCCCUGUUGGUGCUCCACUUCAGGUGUCGGUGCGCCCCAGCGCCACUGAUUGGAGAUUUUUAGGAGCAGUGCCUGGUCAGGGCGCAUGUGCGCAGUAGCCAUCUUGUGUCCCAACCCACUCGGUUCCUUCUCAACUGUCCUCGGCUGCAGAGAGAGCUCCAACAGCAGUGUCAGAAAUUUACCUAGAAAAUAUUUAGAAAUAGUUAUUGCUAAGUUGAGUUCCCAGCAGUUAGUUCAUAGUUAAUCUUAGGUUUCCAGUUAACCACUUAGACUUUCCUGCGUGGUUUUUUUUGGUUUGGUUUGGUUUUUUUUACACUCUGAAAGCUCUCCUCUCAGUUUCUAUCUCCUUGUACUAUGACAAAAUUGGACAAUGAAAAUGCCAGGCUCCCCUGGUUUUAAACACUGCACUUCAUGUAAGGACGCUAUGCCUGUCUCCGAGGACUGCAGUACAAGCAUCCCUUGAUGUCAUGGUCGUGGCCGCUCACGCGACGGCUACAGCUAUAGUCAUGAGACUGGCAUCCUGGUUACAAUCUUCCGGAAUCCCCGAGUACCUCCAGAUUAAAGACCUUCCCUUUGACAGAGAAAAAUUAUUUUCCGCAAAGACUGUCGAAGUCCUACACUCAGUGAAGGACUCUCGAACAACGCUCCGAACUGUGGGCAUAGAUAUACCCCCAAUAGACCCAGGAGAUACCAACCUUAUAACCGAAAGAGGGACACAUUGGUUCACAGACAGACCUUUCGAGAAUUCACGCCAAAGACAUCGUCCCCAGAGAUGCUGACCACCUCAGUCCCAGUCAACUGCAUCAUACGCACCACCGGCCAAGAUGCAAUUUUGAAGAUUUGAUCAAGGGUCUGAUCGACCUCCCACGGCAGUCAGCACAUAUUACACAACCUAUCCAGAUGUUUGGCCUCUGACUACGGCCAUUUUAUCGAGCGUGGGCAUCCAUCACCACAGAUCACUGGGUACUAGAGAUAGAGAUGGUGUAAUCAGAUCGUACUUUCGUCUCCAUCCCACCUACUCAUCCCUCUUCAGGGACCCUUCUCACGAGCAUCUUUUUCAGCAAGAGGUAAUCCAUCUUGUACAGCUAGGUGCUGUGGAACACAUUCCAGGACACACUGUGGGAAGGGGUUCUACUCCCAUUACUUCUUGACCCAAAAGAAAAAUGGAGGAUGGAGACCCGUUCUUGAUCUCAGGAAACGCAACAAAGGUAUCUGUACCCACAGAUUCAAAAUGGUCACCCUGUACACUAUCAUCCCUACGCUGGACAAGGGGGACUGGUUCUCAGCUCUGGACCUACAAAAUGUGUAUUUUCACAUUACCAUCCAUCUACUCUAACUCCAGUACAACAAUUGACUUCAUAGGAGCGCACCUGGACUCAGUGGAGGCCAAAGCAUCAUUGCCAAUGCUUCGAUUCACAGCAAUGACCUCCCUCAUAUCAGUGGUCUCAGACAGCCCGUGGGUAUCUACAUGCACCUGCCUACAACUCUUGGGAUGUAUGGCGGCUACCACUUUCAUUGUAACACACACCAGACUACACAUGUGCUGCCUCCAAGGACAGCUGAGCUUGGUAUACAUCCCACAGAAGCACAUUCUAAACAAAAGACUCACACCGACCCCAGAGGUCACUACGAUGGUGGACAAACCCAAUAAACCUUUGUUCAGGCAUCCCGUUUCAAUAAGAUCCACCACCCAUACAAAUCACAACAGUGGCUUCACUGAUCUGAUGAGGAGCUCACCUGAACCAACAUACAAUCCAAGGCAAAUGGUCCCCCACAGAAACACACUUACACAUCAAUCUGCUUGAAUCACACAUGGUCCGCAACACCUGCCUACAUUUUCUCCCUAUUAUACAUGGAAAAACGACAAGCGUCCUGAUGGACAACAUUGCAUGUAUGUUAUAUAUAAACUGACAUGGUGGAGCACGAUCCCACUCCUUAUGCACCAAGGCCUUAAAACUAUGGAACUAGUUCAUAAAAAAAACCACCACUAUUACCACAGCAUACUUCCCAGGUCAACUGAACAUAAUGGUGGACACAUUAAACAGACUGUUUCCCCAAGAACACAAAUGGGAAAUGAACAACGAAAUAUUACAACACAUUUCAUGUAUGGGAUCCCCACACAUAGAUCUGUUCCCGACAUUAGUAAACACAAAGUGCCCAAAGUUUUGCUCACAAGCAGGACUGGGAGCAUGAGUCCUAGGAGAUGCCUUUCUCAUCAAAUGGAAUGCUCCCCUCCUAUAUGCAUACCCACUGAUACCUCUGAUCUCCAGGGUAAUACACAAAAUAUGAACCAAGAGGGCCAAAAUAAUCCUCCUAGUAUCGACCUAGACAGACUUGGUUCCCUUACCUGUCACGCAUAGUGAUCUGCACACCAUUCACUCUCCCUCGUCUACAGAAUCUUCUCUCUCAGAAUGACACUCAAGUCCUCCAUCCGGACCCGGAGAGACUUCAGCUGAAAGCAUGGCUCCAAUGCAAUGAACUAACCUGCUCAGAACAAGUAAAACAAGUGUUAAUAAACAGCAGGAAACAUAGCACACAUACUACUUACCUCCAAAAAUGGAAAAGAUUCUUUUUAUGGUGCCAGACCAAACAAAUAUCUGCAAGACAGGCACCGCUUCCACUAAUACUGGAAUACUUAUUAUCCCUAAAGAACUCAGGACUUGCUAUGAGAUUGCUUAAAGUUCAUCUUGCUGCCAUCACAGCCUUCCAUCAAGAGGUAGACGGGACCUCAAUAUUUUCUCAUUUCUAAACUAUUUGUAACAGACAUACAGAACAUGUACCCAGACAUCCAAGAACUCACACCAGCAUGGGACUUAAACCUUGUGCUCCAAAGGCUAACCAGAGCCCCAUUCAAACCUUUAGCGACAUACCUAUUACUUCAUUUAUAUAUGAAAGUGGCAUUUCUGGUUGCUAUUACAUCAGCAUGGACAGUCAGCAAGAUAGAGGUUCUCAUGUCUCACUCCCCAUAUGCCAUAUUCUUCAAGGAUAAAGUAAUACUUAGAACACACCCUAAAUUUUGCCAAAAUUUUCGUAUUCAUUCCACCUAAACCAACCAAUCCAUGUAUGUGCGUUUCAUCCAGACCCACACACUAACACGUAUGAGGCGACCCUGCACAUGUUGGAUGCGCGCUGUGUCUUAGCUUUUCACCUGGACAGAACAAAACCCUUCUGAAAAUCACCCUGCCCUUUGUGUCAACAACAGAAUGGUCUAAGGGCUCUACCAUAUCCAUGCAAAGAUUACCUAAAUGGAUAUCUAGCUGUAUCCACAUGUGCUAUUCACUAUACAACCCUGAAGCCCUGCCAGGCAUCAGAACCCAGUCAACAAGAGCUUUAUUUACCUCCAUAGCAUUCCUACACAACAUUUCCAUUCUAGACGUAUGCAGCACGGCCACCUGGGCCUCCAAACACACAUUCACAAACCACUAUGUGUUAAUCUCGGUUCAAGCUCAGACACAAGACGAGGCCUCAUGGUACUAGCCUCAGCAAUGAACCUCAAUCCGAAGUCCCUUCCAUCCUUGUGAGGGCACUGCUCUACAGUCACCUGAAGUGGAGCACCCAUAGGGACAGCACUUGAAGAAGAAGAGACAAUUACUUACCCUGUGCAGUAACUGAGGUUCUUCGAGAUGUGUGUCCUUGUGGGUGCUCCAUUACCCACCCUCCUCCCCUCUACUUUGGAGUUUGCUUUAAGGACUCUACAGUAGAGAAGGAACUGAGGGGGUCAGGAUGCACGAGCACUAGAUGACGUGCCAGUGGCAUUACGAGACGGCUGUUGUGCAUUCACACCCUGACCAGGCACGGCUACCAAAAAUCUCCAAUCUGGGUCCUGGGACACAACGCCUGAAGUGAAGCACCCACAGGGACACACAUCUCAAAGAACUUCAGUUACUGCACAGAGUGAAUAACCUUCUCUUCAGGCAGAAAAUGAGAAUUCUUACCCCCUCUCCCACACACACUUUUAAUAUUGUAUUGCAAUAUACAAGGAAAUAUACCACCACCACCAAAGACAUAUGAUGGAUCUAAAUUGACGUGUUUGUGGAGGACAAGCAUACAAUAUAUUGCAUAAAAUUGUAAUUCGUAGUGUAUGUAACUUGUAGUAGCAAUAAAUAACCAUUCUUUGCUGUG